AUGUACGUGCAUGGGGGUGGCUUCACCUCAGGCUCUCCAGAAGCCACAUCCGCAUACGCUCUUCAACUCAGUGUUGAGUUGCAGCAAUGCGGGAUUAUUGCAGAUAUACUUUCUGUAGGCUAUGAUCUUGCUCCAGAGAGACCAUAUCCUGGCGGCCUAACACAAAUUGUUGCUGCAUUCGAGUACUUGGUAGCCUUUGAAAAACCAAUUAUCUUGAUGGGAGAUUCAGCUGGAGGAAACCUUUGUCUGGCAUUGUUACGACAUCUCCAUGAACCCCAUUCCGACAUCCGAGCCAUAUCGCAGAACGCAAAAAGUGCCAUCAUUGCGCUGUGCCUGACGUGUCCUUGGGUCAACUUAAGAAACGACCAGCAACCGCCGCAGUUACUUGGUGGGGUGGACUGUCUGGACAAACCAACCCUUGACCGUUGGCGCAGUGCGUACAUGGGCGGAAAGCCCCUCGACAGGUACACUAAUCCCAUAGAAUACACAGAGGGGUGGAAGGAGAUCUUGCCACCCAAGGUUCUGUUUAUGACUGGAGAGCUCGAUCAUUUCAGUCGGGAUAUUGUGCAAUUCGUUGAUAUAGUGCGAAAGGCCGGCCACAUAGGAGUAGACUUGGAUGUCGCACCAUUGAAAGGACAUGCUUGGAACCUGGUGGACUUUGGUGCAGCCAAGGUUGGCAUACCAUGCAGUCUUAUUGAUGGCGAUGUUGCGUCUUACAACGGUGUCAUGAUCCAAAGCCAAUGGAUUGCUCAACAUGUAAAUAACAUGUAA